CUCACCACUAUCGCAGUGGACGUGCCGCGCGCGGACGCUUCCGUUCGAUUUUUAAAAUCGAGGAAAAAAAGCGCGCGAAUGGGAUCCGAUCGUUCGACGAAAUCGGAAUUCCAUUUUCGUAGUUAAUUUAUUUUCGGCCAGCAAUAAAAGCUUUUAUUUAUUUUUUAUUGUUCUUUUGUAUAGAUUGUAGGGUAAUAAUUGUGUGUGGUAUACGUGCUAUAAAAAUACGGAGCGAAAAAUGUAUCUCCUCUUAUCACUGAGGUCAAAGAUGUGCAUUUCGAAUAGUAUGUUUUCGUAACAUCGCACUGUUUAAAUAAGAAACAGUCGCGAUAAGUAAUCGCGGUCGAGUGCAAAUGUCGUCGAUAUCGCAUCACAGCAAACAGCGGGUCCGUCCUAAUAAUACAUUAGAAUUGUGCAUUUAGUAAUGAACGUUAAGCCUUGUCCCUUCGUGGAAUUCUAUGCUGCGUUGAUUCAUACACCGGUUAUCGUGUUUUGAGCGGCGACAAUGUGCGAAGUCACAAGUUGGAUUCCGAACGCGGUAGCCGCUACGUUGUGCUCGGAUCGCUCCGCUCAGCCGAUUAUCGCCUGGCUGACCGGCUUACGGGCAUCUAUAGAGGAGUACGAUCCUUUAAUCACAGUGAGAGCGGAAUCUCCCGAGUCUGAAGAGUCGUCCAGGUCUUCGCCAGAUAGUGCGUUCGACGAUAUCCUCUCGCAACUCGGCAAGGAAAUUUUUAAAUUAGACGAAUACCAAAGAAAUCUCGCGCCAGAGGAAAAGGAAGUUUCACUAAGUAUUCUGAACAUAUUCGACGAAUGUAUCCAGGGGAUGACGGAGUCUAAAGGUGAUUUAGAAGUGAUUGAUGAAGCCGUGGAAACUGUGAACGGUGUGGACGAGUGCAGCGACGGUGAGUCUAUAAUGUCAGAUGUGUCUUUUGUUACUAGUACGCCGGCCAGAAGUGUAAAAGUGUGCUCUAGUGAUACGAAUUCUUUAGUUGUUAAGGGUGAAGGCACGCCGGAGAUACCGCGCAAGGUUAGGUUAAGAAGGUCGUCGUCCACAUCAUCGGGGUACGACUACGUGGAAGCGAGAACGGAGAACACAAUAAUGGAGGUGGCGAAACGGCUGGGAUCGGACAGCGACAGUGAAAGCACUAACUGGAGUUACAGAGAGUGCAGUACGGAUACAGAGAACGAGGCCAGAGACGAGUACGCCGUGAUGUGGUCCCAUUCAAGUGGUUUUCACAACUCCGACGAGAUACUGAGGCGGGUGGUGUCCCAACACCAUGCGACUGUGUCGCGGCUAUCGUUUGACACGGCAAACGACUUUGAACCGGCGCGGUACUCGGUGUACGCUCUCCAAGAGGUGGGAGGCAGGUGUGUUGACAACGAAAUGCCAGUCGCCGCUAUGACGCCGGACAGACCAACCGACGACGGCUACGAACCCGUCCGCGAUGCGCUCACCGACGAGAACAUUUACGAGGAAAUCGAGUUCGGUUUGAGUUACACGGACGAAGGGUGCUCCUGUGGAGGCAGUGUCGAAGUGGAGAGUUGUUCGAUAAGUGCUAGUUCGGAGGGUGUCAGUCGCGAGAGCCCUUUGUACGAAAAUUUGCGGGAUCACGACGCGUACGCAAUACCGCCGGACGUCAUAUUCUGGAAGAAUCUGCUCUUCGAUCCUUAUUACAACGACGACGAGGAAGACGAGUGGAUAACUCCUGAAGAAUGUGCCGUGUACAGUCGAGAUGCGAGGCCGCCCCUGGUCAUACCCCGGAUAACGCAGUACCGGCCGCCACGGAGGGAUCACAGGCCCCACGGCGGACACCCCUAUACAGAGGAGAGCCUACAAGAUCCCGUGAAGUCGCGGCAGUACGACUGGAGUCCAUCAUCAGAGCGCAGCCGGGCUGACAUCGACCGGAGUUUCAGCAAGGCGAGCUCUGACAGUCCACCGUUUGGACGUAUCAAUAAGAGAUUAGGAAACUCAACGGAGACGCUUCUCUUCCACAACAAUGUUCGGAGACCAAAUCAGCUCCACCUGCCGGCGUCCUCGUCCGGGGACAGCUUGGACGUGGAGAUCAGGGAGCGGGAGCCGAGCCACAGCAGGAGUAGGAAGUCGAAAUCCAUGAUGGCCACGAAGAACAGGAUGAGGUCACCUGUACCGGCUCCCAGGCUGAUGCUGCAUCAAACGCCUGAAUUGCCUGUAGUGUUCGAGGGUCCAGUGAAACGCACCAAGUUCUCAGAGAACGGGAAGAAGAGUAGGAAAAACUGGGCCGACUGCUACGUGGUGCUCACGCAUACUGGACUUGUGUUUUACAAGGACAGAAAGACUUACAUUGCUGCUACUACGCCUCCGAAGCCGGGCACGCCGCCGAGUCCGACGGCGCCGCGGGCGGAACUAGUGUUGCCGCUACGACACGCCAGCGUAGACUAUUGCAUGCAGAUGCACACCAGAAGGUAUACAAAAUCACUGCUGAUCACAGUGGGCCGUGACCAGUACCUGAUACAGGACGAGUCUGAAGCCAACGCCGCGACCUGGUUGUAUCACAUAAAGCAAAUCAUUUACAAAAUGGGUCCUCCAGCGCCUGAUGACUUCUCACUACAAAUAGCAAACAAGAAUAGCAGCACGGAUCUGGAAAGCUUGGGCAGAACGCCACCUCCAUCCAGGCAUAAUAAUAGGAACAAAACAAAAGUCGGUGGCAGCAGCAAUGAAGAUCUCAGCGACUCCACGGAAAUAUCCAUUCAGAAGACACAAGUGAAGAGUAGAUUGAAGAAGUUCUUCGCUAAACGGCCAGCUAUGGAGGUCCUUGUCAAGAAAGGCAUCUAUAAAGAUGAACCAGUCUUCGGCCGCAAACUCGAGGAGGUAUGCCCGGAGAAGUCGCCGCGGGUGCCGAACUUCGUCGUGACCUGCAUCAAGGAGAUUGAAAGCAAUGAGGAAAACAUGUGCACAGACGGCUUGUACAGAGCCAGCGGGAAUUUGAGUCAAGUGCAGAAAAUACGAUUAGAGAUCGACCAAAAUAACAUUUCUGUGAUAGAAAACAACACGGAUAUCCACGUACUGACUGGCUCUCUGAAACUGUUCUUCAGGGAGCUGAAAGAACCUCUCAUACCCUGUAGCUUCUUCGAUAGGGUCCUCGCAGCUUGCUCAAUAAAACCGAAAGAGGCGAAGGUGAAAGAGUUCAGAGAUAUAGUACAGGCGUUACCACAAUGCAACAGGGACACGCUGAAAUUUUUAUUAGAACAUCUAUUAAGGGUGACGCAGUACAGCGAGCGCAACCGCAUGCACACUGCGAACUUGGCGAUCGUUUUUGGACCCACGUUACUGUGGGCGCCUGCUGAACAGGCCCAUAACAUCGCCAUCGACUGCAUACAACAGAACAAUGUCGUCGAGUUCCUACUCAACGAACUCAAAGAUAUUUUCAGCGAGGACACUAAAGGGAAGAAGAAAGUGUGACUCUGAAUCUACCGGGACCCCCGGACUGAACUUUAAGCCCCAAUUUGAAGCUACUCUUUUCUUAGUAAACAAAGGAGUGUUUUUACUGUGUAAAACGAAAAAGAGUAUAGACUCGAUAAAAGAUUACUACCAAAUACGUGUCAGAAGGAAAUAUUUACUCCAAUGUAUGGUGAAGCAUGACUAUGGGUUAUAUAGUUAUGUAAUUCAAGUCUAGCGGAUGUGCUCUAAAGGAUUUUGGAGUUAAAAUAAGGAUUAUUUUGUAAUUAGUGACUAACGGAUUUUUGUAUGUGGACCGAUAUUGUGAUAUGUGACGAAUCGUGUUUGUAGUAUAUUAAAGUCCAUUAGAAUGAAAGAAAAAUUAUUAUAAAGUUAUGAUCUCUGUCACAAAACGAGAUGCGGAGUCCAAAUUUGUUUCUUAAAAUUAUCAUUAUUAUAAUGAACAUGAAAAUCUGUGUUGUGAUUGUGAAGCAAUAUUGUUACGGAAAGACUGUCCGAGGCUCUAGAAAUAAUAAUAUAUUCAAAUAAAUAUAUAUAUAUAUAUAAAGAUAUAUUUAAUAUUAAUAAAUUAAUAUGGUUUUCGUGUGAUGUAGCAAAAUAUAUCCUGUUUUACGAAGAUGCAUUAUUUUUGGGGCCAAAUUUGUACAUGUGUCCUGUCACUCGUAGUUUAGGCUCAAAGCCAGCUUGUAUUGUGUGCCUUACGCGAUGUAAAUAUUCAUCAUGGAUGAUUGUUGUGAUACGGUGGAGUGUUGAUACUCUUAGUUCUUCGUUAUAUAUAUACGUAUAUAGUAAAAUUAAGCGAUGCAUGCAAAUGUGACGGUCUAGUCCCUCCGUUGUUAUAAAUUGGACUUUAUUAAAGAGAAGUUAUGGUUGACAACUCAGUUAUAAUCAGUUAAAUACUCAAACAUUGAAUAACAAUCAGAAACGUAAUGUUAUAUGAUCAUAAAUAAGCUAGGAACCAAAGUUUUGUAUUUUUGGCUGAUAGUGUGUAAUUAAUUUUAUUUGUUACAUAGUUAUUAUUAUGGAAUUAUAUAUAAACGCAAAUAAUGCUUGAAAAAUAAAUAUUAGAAAAUGAAGUUACGUGAAAUAAAACCACUUAUUUUAA